AUGGCCGACCCCGACGUGAAGGGCAAUCGGGAACACCACUCUCUGUCCCAGAAGCUACGCCAUCCCAUUCAUGAGAUCAAGCAGAAGCUUUCCGGCACCCACCUCCACGACGCCAAGGUCGCCCUGCACCACAAGAAGCAUCAUCUUGGUAAAUAUGCCAAUCUGUUCAACCCGGAACAUCGCCAUGACGAGGAGCACGAGCAGCGGUGUGAUGAAAAGCGCAGCGGGAUUGCCGAGAAGCACCGCUUCAAGUCCUUCUUUCCGGAACGUGAAGGAAACUUGAUCAAAUGGUACGUGGAUGGCCGCGAUUACUUCUGGGCCGUGUCUGAAGCACUCGAGCGGGCAAAGGAAACCAUCUAUAUUGAGGACUGGUGGCUAUCCCCUGAGCUUUUUCUGCGGCGUCCUCCGUAUCACAAUCAGCAAUGGCGCCUUGAUCAGGUCCUCAAGCGGCGUGCCGAGGCGGGCGUCAAGAUUUACGUAAUCGUCUACCGCGAGGUUGAGGCUGCUCUCACGUGCAAUUCCGAGCAUACCAAGCAUGCUCUCCAGGCGCUGUGCCCGGAGGGAUCUCCCGGUUACGGAAACAUCAAAAUCAUGCGCCACCCAGACCACAACGUCCUUGAAAAUGCCGCUGACAUGACAUUCUACUGGGCACACCACGAAAAGUUCAUUGUCAUCGACUACGAGAUGGCUUUUAUUGGAGGGCUCGACCUGUGUUUUGGACGGUGGGACAAUCACCAGCAUGCCCUUGCCGAUGUCCAUCCCGAGGGGGUGGCGGAGGAAAUCUGGCCAGGUCAAGACUUCAACAACAACAGAGUCAUGGACUUCAAGAAUGUGGACGACUGGAAGCAGAAUGAAUUGUCAAAGGCCGAAUAUGGUCGCAUGCCCUGGCACGACGUCUCUAUGAGCAUUAUUGGCCCUUGCGUCUACGAUAUUGCCGAGCACUUCGUGCUUCGCUGGAACUUCGUCAAGCGUGACAAGUAUAAAAGAGAUGGGCGUUUUGAGUGGCUGGAGCUUCAGGGUCGCACCGGAGCCGACGAGGAUUUGGUUGGCGUGCAACGGCCGAAGCAUCCUGAAGGCGGGUACACUAUGCACCCGCUGAGCCCGCUCGCCACGAAGGACAUUGGCAAGCGAGGCCCUGUGAAGGCUCAGGUCGUCCGUUCGAGUUCAGACUGGUCGAGUGGCAUCCUCAAGGACCAGAGCAUCCAAAACGCAUACAUCGAGAUCAUCAAGAAGGCUCAGCACUUCGUUUACAUUGAGAACCAGUUCUUCAUCACAGCUACAGGCGAGCACCAGAACCCGAUUCACAACACAAUCGGAGAGGCCAUUGUCGAAGCCUGUGUGAGGGCGGGCAAGGAAGGUCGGAAGUUCCGUGUCAUCAUCUUGAUCCCUGCAGUGCCUGGCUUUGCGGGUGAUCUUCGCGAUAAAGAAGCUGCUGGAACGCGUGCAAUAAUGGACUACCAAUUCAAAUCGAUCUGCCGUGGGGAGCAUUCCAUCAUGGAACGUAUCCAGGCUCAGGGAGUCGACCCUACGAACCAUAUCUUCGUCUUCAAUCUCCGUUCUUACGACCGUCUGAACAAGACGCCAGCUGUCAAGAAGCAGGAGGAAGCAUCUGGUGUGAAGUACCAGGAAGUACAGCGCGCCGAGGCCGAAGAGGUCAUGGGCGAGGGUAUCCACGGUCGGGCCGAUGUCGAAGGCGAACGCGACAAACACAUGGGAUCUGAAAGAGAGAACAAGAAGCAGAAUAACGGCGAUGUCGAAAACAUUGAAGCUAAGAAAAAGUUCGAACAGGCCAAGGAGGAGGGUCAAGAAACAACUACGGCCUACUCGGUCGCACAUCACGCCAUGGCUGGGCAAGGGAAGCUUUCGGAUGAGAAUUGGGAGGGUGAUCCGAAGGAUGAGGUUGAGAACUGGAUUCAGGAGGAGCUCUACAUCCAUUCCAAGAUUCUCAUUGUUGACGAUCGGAUUGUCAUCUGUGGGUCAAGCAACCUGAACGAUCGCAGCCAAAUGGGCAACCACGACAGCGAAUUGUCCAUCGUCAUGGAAGACACGGAUAUUAUUACCAGCACGAUGGACGGCCAUCCUUACGAAGCCGGGAGACAUGCGGCUACACUCCGGCGGUAUCUGUGGCGCGAGCAUCUUGGUCUUCUGCCGCCCCAGCCCAUGGACGCAUCUGACGACCUCAACGCACAACCCCCUGGAGAUGAUUCCCCCAACGACCCCUGGGAUCAAGACGAGUCCUAUAAAUUCGUGGAAGAUCCAAUGAGUGACGAUGUCUGGGAGAUGUGGACAGGCAACGCAACCAAGAACACGGAGAUUUUCAGGCACUUGUUCCAUGCAGAUCCGGACGACCAUGUGAAAACAUUUGAAGAUUAUGAUUCGUUUCUCCCUCCCCGCGAGAUCAAGUCCGGGCACAUCUUCGACCGUUUUAUGCCUCCCGAAGAUAUCCGUGCCGAACUUGAUGAAGUCAAAGGGCACCUGGUGUGGAUGCCUCUGGAGUAUCUCAAGGACGCCGAGAUGGCCGAGACUGGCUUACAGGUCAACUCAUGGACUGAGAGUAUUUAUACGUAG